AUCAGUUUUUGCGGGGUCACGCGAAAUGGGCGUGGCUCGCUUACGCUGAACGCUAGACAGCGUUGCGAACAUAACUGUGUAGUAGCAGAAGAUCCAGGAGAGAAGGAUGACAAUAACCAAAGGAUGUGCGCUCGGAGCUAAGAUGAUGUUUGGUGCUCUGUUUUUCGCAGUGGAGAUCACGUGCCAGGAACAAGCCGCAAUACUUAAACCUCUGGGGAACCAGACGGUGGUCCUGGGAGAACAAGCACACUUCUUCUGUCAGCUCCUGGGACGAGAGGACGACCUGAGACUGAGGAUCAAUGGACGUCUUCAUGCACUUCCUUUCAUCACUCCUGAUCUUGUCAUUGGAGUGCAGAGCUCUGCACCAAGAAUGGACGGACUCUCUGUCAGUAAUAUUAGCAUUGACAUCACUGCCACAAGGGAACGUAAUCUGACACUGAUUGAGUGCUAUGAUGCAACUAUGAACAGUGCUGCUUUCUCAAGCGGAACACUAACAGUGAGAGGAGGACCAGGGGAGCCAGAAGUUGGGUAUGAGGUCAACCGAGAUGGGAAAGAGAUUGUGCUGUCCUGGCCACACCCCUUCACCUGGGAGGACUACCCCAUCACUGGAUAUGAUAUUGUGUGCAGAGAGACUGAGUCAGAGAAGAUCAUUCAUGACAUGACACUCAAUGAUACUGACAUCCUAAAUGAACCAGUUGUCAAUCACACUGUGGAUCUACCUCCUUGUGUCCCAGACUGCUACACUCUCCAGUGUACCGUGACAGCUUUCAACUCCUUAUGGCACUGCGUUCUACCCUUUUACUUUGACUUUUCGUUUCGUUCGUUAAAAACUACCUGAGAUGUAGAAUCUAGCAUAAAACAAACAAGCUCCAGGACAACAAGAUUGGAAUUUUCAUUUGUGUGGAGCUCCCAGUGUUGUGUGUGUUCCAGAGAGUGAGGUACAGAGUUGUCAUCUCUCAUGGAGGAGACCCAGUCCUAGAGCUGUCCAGAGAGUUCAACUACAGCAGUGGCUACACUAGUGAGUGUAUUGAGGAGAAGGUCAGUGGAGAGCUGGAGGAGGGAACUGAGUACAGUCUCCUGGUCUUUGUGGAUGAUGGAGACUCUGGGAACUCUUCUUCCCCCAUUCAGACCUUCACAUUCUGCAGAGGAAACAGCGGAGGGAGUGAUGGCGAUCAUAGGAAAAAUGAUGAGAGUUGUCUUUUAGGAAUAACUGCAGGUAUUGCAGUUGUCCUCUCUCUACUGGUGGUCCUGCCAGUAGGUGUGGUCCUGGGCUGCUGUGGAAUGUGGUGUCUGAUAAGGGAGAGAGAAAGACGACAUCACUUCAGUGACAAGGGAAGUGAGAGCAGAGAGGAAUCACACUAUGAUGUGCCUGUUCCUACUCAGUCUGCUAUCACUGUGACUCAUAACCAGGCAUAUGCCUCUGGCAAUCAAAGACUGUAGCUAGUUUUAGCUUUUUGUGUGUUUCAAUUCUUUGGUGCUAGCUACAGAUUAUGCUCUCUGUGAGCCCAACCCCUCGGCGCUGGCGCGGUCGCAAUUGUUCAAAGAACGUUUCAAAGCAUCAUAAAUGAAGAUAGACAUAAUUCUUAAUACUCCUAACAGUGUGUGCAGCACCGGUCUCAGUCACCAGUGACACCUUCACCAAUACUUUCACUCUGAGUGAGAGUCAGAGAUCUAAGUUGUAGCUAACUGGAGAGCUUUGCUCUGACC